UGCACCAAUAGCCAGACUCAGAGAGAGAGAGAGAGAGAGAGAGAUUCGAGUUAUAAAGGAGCGAGAGCGAGCCGCUUCUGUCAGUAGCAUCGUUCGAAACCAGUUUAACAGAGCAGCCACCGUAAGCCGGGUGGCCAAGAUGGGUUCUUCUCCGUGCGAGCUCCGAUGGCUUCUCGCUCUACUGGGUGGGCUGCUGUUGCUCCUCCCUCUGGCUCAAGGCGAGGACCAUUACUACACUUUCGUCCUGCGAGACACCAACUUCACGAGGCUGUGCACGACAAAGAGCAUGUAUACGGUGAACGAAAGCUUCCCGGGGCCGGUGAUGUACGUCCGUAAGGGAGACACGGCCUACGUCAACGUCUUCAACGAAGGACACUACGGAGUCACCAUUCACUGGCAUGGCAUUAAGAAUCCGAGGAACCCAUGGUUCGACGGGCCUGAAUACGUUACGCAGUGUCCAAUCCCUCCGGGGACUAACUUCACUUACCAAGUCUUGUUCACCUCAGAGGAGGGAACCCUUUGGUGGCAUGCACACAGCGAUUGGACCCGCGCCACUGUCCACGGCGCAAUUGUCAUAAAGCCCGCCCUUGGCACCACUUAUCCUUUCCCAGAGCCCGACGGUGAAAACGUCCUUGUCUUCGCAUCCUGGUACGACGAGGACGUGAUGGAGUUGAUGGAAGAGGCCCUUUCUGAAGGUGGACUGACGACAUUGUCAGAUGCUUACUGCAUCAAUGGCCAGCCUGGUGAUUUUUAUAAUUGUUCCAGAGAAAGCACGACUAGAAUAUCUGUCGAUUAUGGCAAGACCUAUCUUCUCCGCCUAGUCAAUUCAGUGCAAAAUACCGACAUGUACUUUGGCAUUGCAAACCACAGCCUAACGGUGGUAGGAUGGGACGGAGCCUACGUCAAGCCCUUGGUCAAGAGUUUCAUCAUGAUAACCCCAGGUCAGGCGAUGGACAUUUUGGUCACAGCCGACCAGCCUCUCGGCGAGUACUACAUGAUCAUCUCACCUUUCUUCGAUGGUCAAGCGGACGAUUUCGACAUGAGCAUCGCUAGUGCAAUCUUCCAGUACAACGGCAACUACUCUUACACCGGAUUACCGGCGUAUCCGAGUGAUUUCCCCGGAUGGGAGGAUAUAGGGCCCGCGACUGCCUUUGUCAAACAACUGAAAAGCUUGAACUCGCCAGAGCACCCCAUCGACGUCCCCCAGGACGACGAGAUCACGACCAGGAUGUACAUCACCAUCUCGAUCAGCAUGAUGAAAUGUCCAAAUGACUCGUGUGAAGGACCGGACGGUAAUCGCCUCGCCUCAGCGUUGAACAACAUUUCUUUUGCAAACCCUGACCUGGAUGUGCUUCAAGCAUACUACAGCAAUAUCACCGGGUAUUACACGCCGGAUUUCCCUGAUCUGCCACCUACGUUGUUCAACUUCACGUCCGAAGACCUAUUGACAGACAACGUGACGAUGUCGGACCAAGGAACGAAAGUCAAGGUACUGAACUACAACGAGUCCGUCGAGAUAAUCCUCCAGGGGACCAACGUGAUGAACUCAGGCGAGACUCACCCGAUGCACCUGCACGGGUUCCGGUUCUAUGUGAUCGGACUGGGCCAGGGCAAUUUCGACAACAAGACCGCUCCAGAAACCUACAACAUGUACGACCCACCCGAAGCGAACACUGUCCCAGUGCCGAAGGACGGGUGGGCUGUCAUCAGAUUCAGGGCAGACAAUCCUGGCGUAUGGUACAUGCACUGUCAUUUCGAUCGGCACAUGGCAUGGGGCAUGGACACGGUAUUCAUAGUCAAGAAUGGGACCACGGCUGAGACAAGCAUCCGGGAGCCUCCUGCGUACAUGCCUCCUUGCGAGACGGACUCGUCACUGUUGAGCGCCCUUCAUUCUUACUUACGGCAGAAGGCUUAAAUAAUUUUCUCUAUAUGAUGUAGUUGUCCUGGGAAGUUUUUAUUCGGAAACAGAGAGACUACAUUAUAAUCCAGGGUACUUGUCGAUUUUUUUUUUCAUUUUUUGAAGAAAGAAAAUGGUAGUUUUUUGGAGGAAGAAAAUUAUAGCCCCUACCCAGCUUAUGGUGCUGAAUAAAAGUGCCUUCACGAUGUUAGUCGACGGGCUUCUUAGUUUCAAUGAUAUCCGGACAGAGUGAAAUUAACAUGUUGUACAUCAAACAAUGUUGAGUAAAAUUGCGAGACAUUUUGUCA